GAGAAAGUUUUGAAAAAUUUGAUGGAUCGUAUAAAAUCUCAACGUGAAGAAUGGAUAACAUCACAGUCAAUGAUGGACGUUGGUGAAGGUCAACAACAAUACAUUAGAAGCACUGACUCUACAGCUAUGAAUGGAGACCAUUUUUACCCACUCUUACCUGAUGAAUCUCCUAUGUCAGCCCAGAAUGAGGUUUCACCCUCCCCUGAAAAACUAGCAAGAGUGCACUCCCCUGUUCAGGCAACUAGAGCGCCAUCUGGUCAUCCAGCAGCGCCCCCUGCUGACAGGAAAACCCCCAUGCCUCCAAAUGAGUUUGCUGAAAAACUGAUGUCAACUAAUGAAAAGCAGCAAACUAAUGUACAGAUACAUUCAGCUCCGACACAAACCGUCACAUUACCGAGUGACAGACAGCAAGCAGAACUAGCUGAAAUAAUGAGACAACAAGAAAUAAUGAUGGAACAGAAAAGACAGCUAGAACUUAAACUUCAACAGUUGACAUAUGAACAACAAAAAAUGAAACUAAUGCAGCAAGCCCAGCAGGCUCAGGAGGCAGCAACGCAACAACCCCCACAACAGCAGUUCCAAGGGGCACAACUUCCUCACCAGAUUCAAAUGCCACAACCUCCCAUGGCAUCUGCCCCUGGAAUUCCUCCACCAUCUUAUAACCAGUAUACAGCUCAAACCAGCCAUCCAGGUCCUAUAGGAUUCCAAUCAUUCGGACAACCUGGACAACCAAUGCCAUACCCAGGAACUUCAGCUCCACCCACUCAGCCAUUUCAAUAUCCAAAUGCUCAAUCUCAGGUACCCACUAUGGUGGGUCAGCCACAUGUGCCAUUUCCUCAACCUUCACAGUUUCCAAGUCAGCCUGUAGAUCCAUCUCAACAGCCAGCUUCAUCCGCACAGCAACAAUUUGCAAGCAGUCUUUCUUCAAAUGCAUCUGGUAUGUCACAGCGACCUAUGAACUCAAUUCCACCUACCCAUACAACAGGCACAGCACCUCUCAUGACCUCCCAAGGUCAUGGUUACCCUGGCUUUCAAGGUCAGCAAAGUUAUUCAUCUUUUCAGCAACCAUCUGCCGUUUUGACUGCAGAUCAGCUUGCUGCCCCAGCAUGGCAACAGCCUACCAGUCAGCCUGGUUACCCUGGCAGUGUUUCCAUGGCACCAACAAGCUUACAAAGUCAGACUGUCUCUCCAGGUCAUAUUCCUCCGGCAUCUUUGACAUCCCAAGGCAUGUCUGACCAAAUGAAGAAAGUGAAAGAAUAUCAAGAGCACUUGUUAGCAAGACACGAGCAAAGCAAAAAAGUGCUUGAUGAAACAAAAGCAGAAAUAAAGAGAAGGCGAGAGAACUUGUUAGAAAGAUAUCCUAAUUUGGAUCUUUCUAGAUUGGAAGAACUCGGAGCCAAACAUUUAGAUACUCAACCAAGAAUGUCGUCUGCUGCGGGUCAAGAAAGUCAAGGUCAGUCUGUGCCAGUGACCUCAUUGUUGGCCUCACUUGCUGCCCAUCCUUACUAUGCUGCAACAUUGUCACAGCCAGGUACCAGCAGACCAACAACAACAACCAGUGACACACAGGGCACCGUCGCUACAGUAGGACAUGUCCAGGCAAAUAAUAUCCCUACUCACCCUGAUAUAAAUCUAGAAACUAACCUUAGAAAGAACAAAUUAGAAAACAUAAGAAAGUCUUUGCCCUUUGAUGCUGAUGAUUCUUUCCAAACACCUGUUCGAGUGUACGAAGCUUAUGCCCAGAACCAUCUUGACUUAACAUCGGCAACAGACAUCACUGAAACUGACGUAUCCAGUCUUACUGAAAGAGGAAGUCCUUCUUUGAAGCCGGCACCCAGGGCUCCAAUUAGACCAGAAGCAGCAGAGCUGGGUACCACUACAGAGGAAUCAGAUGUAGAUACGACUGCCUCUAGUUUUAUGGCAGAAAAAGAUGAGUUAUCAUCGUUGAGACAAAAUGAAAUAAAACACCAGCUUGAGGAAAUAAAGAGACAGAAAGAUGAAAUCAUUCGUAGACAUCAGCAAGGACAACAGAAGUUGCAGAGUAAGGAGGAGGAGCUUAAAGCCAAGCUAGCCACGCUACAGCCAGAACAAAUCACCCUACAGCUGCGUGAAUCUCUCAGACUUAAACAACUAGAAAAGCAGCAGAAUGAAAAAGAUUUAAACCAGCAAGAUGGCCGUCAACACUCGCUCAAUCUAUCCACAAUUAUUGAAAUUGAUACCCCUGCUAGCACUAGACACUCUGAAGCAGGAAUGUCAGGUUCAACCCACAGUGAGGCUUCCCAGCAGUCUAAGAAAGCACUCGACUUCUCACGUAAAGAGACAAUCCAAGAGGUUCCAGAAAAGUCCAUUUUAGAAGAGGUAGAAACACAGAUGCAAAGCCAGGCUAAAGCAAAAGCAAAAAGAGAAACUGUUGCUGAUUAUAGUGGAAAGAAUAUUGAUGACGUGCUAGAGCGAGCAAAACGAUUUGAACAAGAGGUUCUACAGAAACUGCGUAAACAAACUAAUGCUGUCCUAUUCGAUAAUGAAUUUGACGAUUCUCUAGAAUUCAGUGUGAGCAGACGACACACAUCAGCUGAUCCACUGUCUAGUGGUAGUCUAACACCUAGCUCAUUUUCUACAGGACCCUUAGACGAAACCAGUCAAAGCAGGCAGUCUAGAACAGGUGAUGGUAGUUUUCAGACUGGUUCUAAUUGGGCUACAGAAUUAUCACAAUUUAAAAUCCCACCUUCAAACCAGUCUGAUCUUGCUUUUAAAGUGAUGAAACCAGACGCAAGUAAAAGUACAGAGAAGAAGCCAUCAGGGGAAGCUACCCUGUUUACAGGGGACAAAAGUAGAUUUAAAGUCUACUCUGAUAUUAAUGGGCCAGAGGCUGAGAGUGAUACUUCCAAGUCAGAAAGUAGUUCCCUAGAAGACUCAAAGAUGGAUUCUGUUUUGGACAGUUUAGAACCUGAUUCCAUGAAUGCAGGAGCCAUGUUAAAACAUUUGAAAACUCUUCAAGAACAGUUACGCAAAGGAGAAGAAGAACGAAAUAUGCUAGCUAAAAAACUGGCAGACCAACAAAAUAAAACUCCGGACCAAAGUCGAGAAGAUUUAACCCAGUACUCUAUGAACUCUAGUGAAAAUGUAUCCCGCCCUUUUAUGCCAGAACAGGAUACGAGUGACCUUUCUCAAUAUUCAUUUACUGAUAAAUCUACUGAUGUAUCUAUGGCAGGCAAUGACCAAUCAGAGAAAGGCAAAAAGUCACAUAAUUAUCCCAUCCAAUCAGGUACAAGCUCUGUAGAAAAGGAACUGCUUGUGAGGAGAUCUCCAAUAGGGGAUUCUGCAAAAGUAGAGCCUCAUUCUGGAUUGACCAAUGGCAGAGAGCCCCAAGAUGCAACAGCUACAGAAUAUUCAUUCGCCCUCUCUGAGAGCAAACAGCAGAGGUCAACAUCAACUCCAGGAGAUGGAAGGAGAAAGUCUGCCUUGAAUGGAACACAUUUUUCAGAACUUCCCUCCGAGAUAACUGUAGGGGAUAAAACAAAUGGGAAACCAGACAAUACUAUUGAUUCAACGAGUUCAAAGUUCAAAUCCCCUGGUCAAAGAACCGAACUCUCUUCAUAUUCUAUGUCAUAUGAUAGCACCUCCGGAAGAAGUGAAGAAUUUAACACCCUGUCACCUGACCGCAAUGGAAAAACACCUACAGAUUCUGUGUCACGGCAUUCUGGCAUGACGGCCGAAGAAUCUUUGGAGAGUAUAAAGAAAGAAUUUGAAAAGCUGGAAAAACCAGAAAAUAAAGUAAAAACAUUUGCUGUGAAUAGAGAUGGGGAUUUAAUUUCGGAACAUUCUGAUUCGGAUAAAUCGUUGCGAAAUAGUGCGAGUCAAGGAGGACAGGACUUUACACAAUAUACAAUUUCUUCUCAAGGAAGUGGUCAGGAUAAAUCUGCCUCCAAAUUAGAGAGCUUCUCAGGUCUUACCAGUUACACAUUACCCGAGACCACGGGCGAGAGUCGUCUUACGGAAUACUCCAACAAAAGUUCAUUUGGCAGUGGUUCAGUCAGCUCAAACCCAAAAUCAUCAUCUUUUACUAACGUCACUUCCGAUCCAUCUUUAAACAUGACAAAUGCCACAAAUCUUAGCCAGUACACCUUGAAUGACUCUGAAGUGGCAGGUGAAAAUGUUAGUGAUAAUAAUAACUAUGUUCAACAGAGAUUCGCAAGUCUCGAUAAUUUGAUAAGUGAGUCGAAAAACAUUAUAGCUAAACAUAAACAGAUUAUCAGUAAGAAUAAGAAUUCGGAGGAAGAUGUGCCAAAAUUGUCUUCAAAAGAGAAGAGUUCAGCUGUGCCAAAUAUAACUUCAGGAUUGAAGAGUUCAGAGAAGCAAACUGUUAUGGAACCACCUAAACCAGAACCGAGGUCAAAUUUCCUGAGAAGCAGACUGAAUAAAGUAAGUGAAGAAAGUAAGACUGAUUCCACACUGUCUCACCAGCAAACCAGUCUAUCUCAAGAUGAUUCCAGUCGUACAAGAGACAAAUCAGGCAACCAGUCUUCUACUGUAGAUGAAAGUAGCCUAGACUAUUUGGCGGAGCACAGUUCCGGGAUCACAGAGGAGCAGCUACCAGAUAUGACCACUAUGACCAUGGGCUCAGAAAUCUCUAUAUCCGAGGCUUUUAAUAAAACUGAAGAGUUUUCCGAUAGCACUGACUCACUGAAAUCAUUCGAGAAGCAUGAAAUGUCCGAGUCAGAGUCGGCGUCAUUUUCGCAAAACUUUGACGAUGAUAGUCUUAGAGAUACCUCCAAAUCUGACAGUCUUCAGGAGAUUGUUGAAGCUCGUAGACAUAACUUUAUGGUUCAGACAGAGAGGAGAGCCGCUGCUGCUAAAGAGAGGGCUCUAGCUGCGCAGCGGACAGAAACAGGUCACCAGGUCUUCAGGGCUGUCCCAGUAAAUGUUGUAAGAGAGCCAACUUUAUCAAUGUCCGUAAGCUCUGCUGCAGCAGAAAGAGGUAAAUCACCUACCACAGUUCAGUCCAAGGGAGCUAACUUGUUUAGUACAGAAAAGAAAUAUUUUGAACUCAAAGAAAAAGAAGCGAGUACAAGUAGUUCCUCGAAACCGUUAAACAGAGCUUUGCAACCUCGAGGAUGGGAACCUCCAAAAACAUCGGACUGCUCAUCAAAGUCACAUGAUGGUGGAGCAAUGCCAAGGGAAACCAGUCUGUUUAGUAAAUUUGGUACACAGUCAAAGACGACAGAAGAGACGAAGUCUCCAAGAUCACCAAGAGGAAGACUGGCUGGUGAGAUCAGGCAGUUUGGUGGAUCGGCAGGUUUAUAUCAGAAACCUUCUCCACCGACACCGAAAAAGACUCCGCCAAAAGUCGCACCAAAACCAGUCCGCCCUAAACCAGAAGAAAGACAGCCAGCUAAACCAACGAGUGGGUUGUCAAAGACAUUGUCAUCUUGGAAGAAAAGUAGAGCAGUAACUGGCCCAUCUAAAUUGCCGGAACCAGUUCAGCAAAGGGAAGCUUUAAAGAACUCUAUUAGAGUGUUACCAGAAGAAGCACCGCCCGCCCUCACCGAGGAGGAGAGGAGAAAACGUGCUGAGGAUGAACUGUAUGAGAAAAAUAUCAGGGCUUACAAUCCCCGAUUGUUUAGGUUACAACACAGACUAGAUAGAGAGGACUCGUCACCUGAGACUUCCCCACAACAACAACAACAGGAGAAACAGAGAGAUGCAAAGAAGUUAUCUAAAAAAAGUAUAUCAUGGGGUAGUCUACCCUCCAUCUCUGAGGACUCAGAAAAUGUAUGGAUCUAUAAAUAGAUUGUGACCUUGAGUUGUGACCUUGACUGUUGCUAGGCAAUAUUUAGUGGAGUCAGUGGACAAUUUAAGGAAGAAUAACAAGAUCUGAACUGAUAAGCCCAGAAAAUAAAGUCAUCUUGUGAUGUCAUCUUCAUGUCAGAAUGGAACAGGAACAGAUCAAUAGAUGAUGACAGAAAAUGUGGCAUACAUUUACUUACAUAUGUGGAUUUAAUGUGACAUUCACAUUAUAUAUUAAUAACAUAGUGAUAAAUUGUAUUGUGUGACAUUUAUUACUGUGUCACAUUAAUUACAGAAUUGAAUUGUAGUGUUGUACUGAUUACAGUUGAUCUUAUAAGUUAGCAUUAGUGUUUAAAGCGAGAUUUAUAAGUAUGGCUCUCCAACAGUUAUAUGUGACACCAAGCAAAGAAUGUAACUAAAUAUGAGACAUGGUGAUGAAAUAUGACAUAUUUUAUGCAAAUGUGAAAAAAGUGAUAGUGUGACACACAUUAAAUAAAUGUGAUAGAGUGUGACUUCAUUGAAUAAAUGUGACAGAAUGUGACACACAUUGAAUUAAUGUGACAUAGUUAGAUUAAUUUGUUAUACUCGCAAGUAGGAGUGAUUAUAUACAAAAAUUGUGAUGAAAUUUUAUUUACAAUUAUAAUCACUACAAUUUGAUUUGUCAGAAAUACAAAUUCUGUUCCUGUUAAUGAAUGACAGUUUGUACGGUUUUGUAAUGGAAGUGUGACACAUUGCUGCCGUGUCACACACAAUGGUUGAUUGAGGAAGCUGUGAUAUUUAUAAUUAUAAGGUGAUUAAAUGUGAUGUCAAUUUCUGUUGAGUGACAGAAACUGUAAUAUAAGACACUCUGAUUUGAUUUAAUAUGUGGUAAAUAAACAAGAACUGUUUUGAAAUCAAUAAGAUUAAAUUAUCUUGUUAGUUUUUUGGGGUUAUGAAUGUAAACUAUUUAUUGAAUUGUGUGUUUGGCAUAGAACAAGAGAUUUUUAGUUUGUAUAUUAUGAAAUGAAUACCUUACAUUGUCAUAUUUUCUCAAGCAGCAAGGAUUUGUAGAUCUUCUGUUUUCUAUAGAAGUAAGAAAAUUGUAAGAUUUAUUUUAUUUUGAUUGAAAUGUGUACCAAAUUAUUUACUAUUACAGUGAACUGUAAUAUUCAUUUCAAUAGACAAGCUACACGUACAUGUACUUGUUUAGCUUUUGUUUCCUUCAACUAUAUUUUUUUGCAUAGUUUAUAUGGCUCUUUGGUAGUAUUUGUACUGCUUUUUGGAUAAUGGUAUAACUUUCAUUUUUUACAUUUUAUCUAUUAAACAAAAUAAAGUGAUAAUACUUAAGUGUUUGUAGGCUUUAAAAAUAAUUCCUAGAAUGUUCAAGUUAGUGGGUUAAUGAUUUUCUUCAAACUUUGCUAGGUUUAUUUUAUAUGAACUUUGUUUAUUAAGCAACUUUUUUUUUCAUUUAUUAUAUUAUCAUUUGAUUCACCCAUAAAGAUAUACAUAGAUUAUAUUGGUUAUUGCUUCAUACAAACUUAGGCUCACAAACCAUGAUGUUGAAGAACUGUAGCACAUUUCUAAUGGUUCAUACAACAUCUGUGAGGGUGAAAGGCAUAGGUUUAAGCCCAAAUACAAGUGGCAGUCACUUCACUCAUAACUAUGGCAUUAGUGUCAGGUAUAAGGUUUUCAUGCUUGCUCUUUCCUGGCAGAUCUAGGACAUUCAAGUUUGCUGAUGUAGCAAAUGCUAGGCUGAUUCAAUGCCUAUUUACAUUUGUAGACAAAUUUUUGAAAUUUUAAUGGCUAAAUUGAAUUUUAAUAGUAAAAGUGCAUCAUAAUUGUAUGAUUUUUUCAACAAUAUUUCAAUAAUUUCUCUAUGAAUUUAUGUAAUGGUGAUGAAUAUACAUAAUACAUAGUUUUCCUUGUUUCGUAUUUAUUUUAGUUUUUAUGUACAGAUGAUAGUUUAUUUAUUUAUUAUUGUGUUUCUACAUUUACCCUUGUCCGACUGAUGACAACAACAGCUUAUACAUUUGCAACCAGUGUAGACAAAGAUCAGCCUGCAGUUGUCCAUGCUGUCUAACCACAGUUUGCACUACUCACUAUACACUCAUAGUUUGAAAUUUUCCCUAAAUAUUAUAAAUGGUUUUGUCCAGAUUGUAGCAUGGGCAAGUCCAUUUAAGAUUUUUAAGUGUUGUAAGGAUUAAUUUGAGAGGAUUCUCUAAAGAAAUUUUACAAAUUCAUUUUAUUAAUGUUAUAAUAAUGUUUUGUUAUUUGUAAAAUUGUAACCAUGUCUUUUUGUGAGUACAUUCCGUCCAUUGGUAGUUCAUUUCAGGUAUAUUGUAUAUUCAUGUCACAUGGGGUUUCGUGAUGUACUGCUUGAUUUGCUAUAUAAAUGAUAUUAGAUGACUUGAUUGUAUUUGUAUAGGAAGACUUUUCAGUGACCAAUGUAUAGGAAAACUUACCAAUUUAUUAUGUACUGAUAUCGUAUAUGCUAAAACUUCUAUCUCAAAAGAAUUGUUUACAAAUAUAUAUUAUUAAUACAACUUUAGAAUGGUCCUGAUUUGAGUUUUGCAUAAUUUGAUACCCAGUCAUAUAUGCUUUCAUUUAAUUGGUCAGUUUUUAAUUAUUUCAAAAUCUAUUUAAAAACUAGCCAAUCAGGUAUGCUUUCAUAUAAUAUUUUAGACUGGUAUUACAAUGAAUAUUAAUUUUGUUACUUGGAAAUAAUAUCAUAUCUGUUGGUGAUUACAAUACUGGGUUUUAACAUAGCAAGGUUUGACAAUGUUGUAAUUGACUUCUGGAUUAUUCAGAAAUGUAAUAAAUUUAUGUACAAUGCAUUAUACAGUUUCUAAUAUUUUUGGUUGAUUGUAUUUUUUUUUCUUUGGCCAGAUGAUUAGUGUAGUCAGGUGAGAGAUAGUUGCUGUAAAUUAUUAUUUUUGUAUUAAAGAUAUAAACACAUUAA